CCGAUCGGUUCUUCAAUAGUCCGUUGCCAGUGGACUGGCGAAGGCCAAGGUCUGAUAUUUUUCUUUCGUACAUUUGCACACCGUAAAACAUAAACAUUAAAAUUAUAUUUUAUAUUUCCGACGAAACACCACUAUAAAAUUUCUUCCGACAGUUUUUAAAAAUUGCUCACAUUUCAUCGCCGUCGUUCCCCAAUUGCCGCGCACACCUCAUCCGCGCGAGUGCAGUUUUUUGCGUAAAAAAAAUUUAAAUUAAAUUUUGAACCAAAAUUCGUUUUUUUUUAAUCUUUUUUGUUGUGCGCCGUAUUUGUAUCCAGCCGCGGAGCGGUCCAGUUCGCCGCGCUACAACACCACACCGCCUACACGGAAGCACCAUCUUCUGACGUCAUUUCACGAAGACUACCGCCGUUUCAAAUGGACAAGACCAGCGUGAGCGCGCUAUAUGCGUGCAUCAUGAUACUGACGGUAGCAUCGGCCACGUCUUUACAAGACUGCGAGGCUGACAUGACGGGAUUCGAGCUGGUUACCGGGUACGUGUUCACAGCACCCGAUGACUUGCUGGACAGCAUACCCGGCACGCUGAUGUUGACCGAUUGCCUGGAGGCUUGCCACGCUAACGACACAUGCGAAUCGGUCAACUACGAGACCGGUCUGUGUGUGAUGUUCUCGUCCAACGCUGACGCAUAUCCAGGAGCGUUAAGCAAGUCACAGUUUCCGGUGUUUACGAUAUACGCACAAAAAACGUGUUUGGGCAUAAAGCCAUGUGAACGAGCCUGGUGUUUCGACCGAGUGCAAGGUUACAAGCUCAAAGGGUUUGGCAAGAAGAAAUUAUCCGCAACAUCUAGGCAAGACUGCUUGGAGUUAUGUCUGGGAGAAAGAGAAUUCUCUUGUCGAUCAGCUAACUACAACAACGGUACGGCGGAAUGCGAUAUGUCUGACAUGGACAGACUGACAGUGGCCGGUCAGGGGGCAUUCGAACCGGCCACCGGCAUUGACUAUUUGGAAAACAACUGCGUAGAUGAGCCGGUCAAGCUGUGCGAGUUUAAAAAGUUCCCAGGCCGCAUACUUAAGACCGUCGAUUCGGUGUACCAGGACGUGGGUUCUCUAGAUGACUGUCGGGAGCUGUGCCUUAACUCACCGUAUAGGUGUCAUUCGUACGAUUACGGCGAUACCGGCGAACUCGUGUGCCGGCUCAGCCAUCAUUCCAGGGCUACAUUAGCAGACAUACAGGACCCCUACUUAGAAGUUCCAGAAGCUUCAACUUAUGAGCUCAAUUCUUGUUACAACAUAAGCAUCGAGUGUCGUUCAGGUGACAUGGUGGCUAGGAUUAAAACCAGCAAAUUAUUCAAUGGCAAAAUUUAUGCGAAAGGAAAUCCAAACUCGUGUGUUCAAGAUGUACGCGGAAGUUUGGACUUCGAACUCGAAAUGGCUUAUGAUGAUGUGGAGUGCAACGUAAAACAACAAGGUCUAGGUAGAUACAUGAACGACGUGAUUAUUCAACACCACGACACCAUAAUCACUAGUUCCGAUCUUGGUGUGGCCAUUACAUGUCAGUACGACUUGACAAAUAAAACAGUUUCAAACGAAGUAGAUCUAGGAAUACAGGGUGAUUUGAAGCCAGCCAUGACGGAGGAAGUUAUUGUGGACUCCCCGAAUGUCGCCAUGAAGAUUACGGACCGGCAAGGGGCUGACGUUAAGCCUACGGCCGAAGUGGGAGAUCCGCUGGCACUCCGAUUCGAAAUAUUGGACCCAAACAGCCCGUACGAGAUAUUUGUCAGAGAAUUGGUAGCUAUGGACGGAGUGGACUCAAGUGAAAUAGUGCUAAUUGACGCUGAUGGAUGUCCAACUGACCACUUUAUCAUGGGUCCUCUUUACAAAUCAUCAGACUCGGGAAGUGGAAAGAUUCUCUUAUCAUAUUUUGAUGCGUUCAAAUUCCCGUCAUCCGAGGUGGUCCAAUUUAGAGCUCUAGUUACACCUUGCAUGCCAACCUGCGAACCUGUUCAGUGCGACCAAGAAGACGCUUCUGGAGAACUGAGGUCCGUAAACUCAUUUGGAAAAAGAAGGCGGCGAAGGUCCACCAAAAGUACAUCGGACGCCAGAGACGACAUGCUGCUCGUGCAAAGCAUUCAAAUCACCGAUAAGUUCGGAUUCGGCGCGCAACAAGCAUCACCGGAAAUGAAUCCUACGGACACAACUGCUUUCAGCAUAAAACACCACGACUACAACAUCGAUAGUUUAUGCGUUAAUUUAUUCGGUGUUAUAAUAUCAUGCCUAGUUUUUCUGGCCGUUCAAGUUGCCGUGCUAAUAGCAUGGGCGUACGUUUGGAACAAAAAAAGACACGUUGACAAGUACCAUCAACAAGAUGGGCUGUCUGUGAGUAUGAGCAUACCAGUAGGACGAACGGACAGCAUGUGCAAGCUGUACGAUACGGGGUACGCAAAACGAUACUGAGUGAUCAACUUUUAAUGAUCCAUAAUGAGAUAGUUUGCCAUGACAGAUUUUUUUAACCUAGAUUAGCUAAGAUACAAAUUAUAAAUUUGUUAAUCAUAUUGAUAAACAAUCUUUUUAAAGUGACAUCGCGCUCAAAUAGCCUUAACGGUCAAAAUAAAUAGAAAAAAUGUUAGUAUCUAUAAGACCGUUAACUUAUAUUUAGGCUAGACAGUUCGACUUUAAGUUUAAACUUUUUAUCUGAUUAUAAUUAUAAUCAAAAAAAAAAUUUUUAAUUAAUUUUUCGAUCACUUAUAAGAAAUAAGAAAUUAAAAAGUCUUAUACUAGUAACAAUUCUAUUUAUAUACGUACAAUGAUAUGUAUAAAUAUCAUAACGAUUAUUCAAUACUUUUUAAGAAAUUAAAAUAGAAAUAUUUCAAAUAAAAUAUUGAAAUAAUAUUUAUUUUUUUCUACCUAAUAAAAACUAAUUUUAAUAAAAACUAGGUUUUAAAUUAAUUAAUAAAUUCAAAUUAUCUCAAUAUUUUAAUUAGGUACCAACUAAUAAUAAAAAAUUUGUAUUAUAAAUAAAUAAUACGUAUAAUUUAUUGAAUUAUUUCUAGCAAAAUUGUUCAUUUUAAUUAUUCAAUUGUAUAAUAAUAAAAAAUAGGUACUUUACAACCGUUUAACAUGAUAGUAUUCACUAGUUUUCACUAUAAAUUAUUGCAAUUCUAAAUAUUUAUUUUUUUAUUUUUUGAAGAUUAAUUUUAAUAAUCAAUAAUACGGUUUAGCCAACCAAUUUAAUUUAUUUUAGAAUUAAUUAACAUGUAAGUAUUUAUUGAGCUGAAACGUAGACGAUUUUUCCUACGAUGAACAUAAUAUGUAUGUUUGAAAUCAUUCAAACAAAAUUUAUAUAAUACUCAAAAUUGUUGGAGUCUUGUCUACGUUUCUCAAAGCUAAAUUAUGACAACUUUCCCUUUCUUGUGGCAUAAAAUGUAUUCAAUAGCUUUUAUUUAUAAUUCAUCUUUCAUAUUUUUACCAUAUAUGAUUAAAUUAACCAAUAACCAUAGUGAUAAUUAACCAAGAAACGGGAAUAUUAAGUCAAAGAUGAGUACUAAUAUUAAGUAGUACUUUUGAGAUGUAACUACUCGUUUAUAAAUUAAGAUUUUUUUACUUAAAAUAUUAUUAAAAUAAUAUAUACAUAUAAAUAUUAUAUAAUAUAGUCUUAUAUAGUCUUCUAUUUAUUAAUUAUAAUUAUAAUAUAUAUAUAUAUUGAUAAUAGCUUUAAGUAAUAUUUAUAUGGUAAUAAAAAAUAAUGUGAAAUUAAAUUUAAAAAAAAUGAACAAACAUUA